CCCCCUGCCGGCUGAGGGAGGACUGGGCUUGAAGCAGGCGAGGCCGCGGCUUGUAAGACCCAGCGGAACCUUCUGUGCUUCUCGGGAGAAGGCUCUGCUGCCGGUACGGUCUUGCAACAGGAGGGGGAAAGAAAACGAGUUUUUGAAGCCGAAGAGUACCACACAGGAUGCCGAGCAAGAAAAAGAAAUACAACGCCCGGUUCCCUCCAGCUAGAAUAAAGAAGAUUAUGCAGACUGAUGAAGAGAUUGGUAAAGUUGCAGCUGCAGUACCUGUCAUUAUCUCACGAGCCCUUGAGCUGUUCUUAGAGUCCCUCCUUACAAAGGCAUGUCAGGUCACACAAUCCAGGAAUGCAAAAACAAUGACCACAUCACAUCUGAAGCAGUGCAUUGAGCUUGAGCAACAGUUUGACUUUUUGAAGGACCUAGUGGCGGCAGUACCGGAUAUGCAAGGAGACAAUGAGGAUAACCACACCGAAGGGGGAGAAAAGGUCUCGCGCAGAGGGAGAAAACCAGGGUCCGGAAGAAAAAAUGGUGGUGCUGGCACAAAGGCUAAAGACAAGAAGCAGUCUGGGACUGAAUCUGAGCAGGAGGAUGACUCUGAAGACAGUGAGACAGAAGAGGAAGAAAUAUCACAGUCAAACAUAAACCAACAGGCUACUGCAAGAUUUCACAGCCAUGUUGCUCCUCAUUUUAUGAACUUGGGCUCAGCGCAGGCGGGUCUCGCAAUGUCAAUAGGAGCCCCUGUAACAGCAUCACCAGUACCGAGUUCUGUAUCCACCCCAGUGCUACCUGCACCACCACAUGACAAUGACGAUGACGAUGAUGAGGAUUAUGACUCCUAGCUACUUGUUUUAAUGUAUUACUUUUAAGUUUUACUGCAGUUUGGGGGUGGGAAGGGGAUGGGUUCUAGGUUGGGGUGGGGCAAAAAUGCAGCUCUUAGGAGAAUUGUGUUUUACCUUAAAAAUGAAUUUUUUUUCCACUUACGGUGGAGAAAACAUUUUAGUUUAAUUUGAAUUCCCUUGUACUUUAAAAUUAUACUUUUGACAAAACAGCAGGCUGUAUAAGCCCUUUCUAAUGUUUUUUUUUUUUUUUGGGAAUUUUGCAGUCCACUUCAGCAGCUCAACUGCCUGUGCUUUCCAGUACUCAAGUAUUGCACUGACGUUAAACAGCCACCCUUAAACCAAUUGUGAAACACGGGCGUAGUUUUGACAAAAGUUUGAUGUGACUGGGUGUGCAGUUGAAAUGUUCUAUAAAAACAAACAAAAUAACAUUUGUCUGGUUAAUGUCAACAUUAUCAGAGUGUCAUUAUGGAGUUUUAUUCCUACUUUUGUUUGUUUUUAGAUGCAAUUCCAAAAGAGGAUAAAAAUACUUGCAGCUCUAUUUGAGGCACAUUGUUUCUAAAAUGGCACCUUUAUGUUCCAGGACUGGUGUUGCCUCAUUAAAUAAACCGCAAAUGUUAAGGCAACCAUAAUAAAAUAAUUUUUACACCAGCCUUUGCACAAGAUUUUGAUAUAUAUAUUUUUUUCCGUUAAAGAAAUCUAAUUAAAAUACAAUUGCAGGGCUUAUGAUUCACUGGAAAAGGCAGCUAAGCAAUGCAGAAAAGCAUAGUAUGUUCGUCCUCACAGUUAAUGAGAUUGCUGAUGCCUGGCUGAACUUGUUACUUCUGUGUGUACUGAAUAUUAAGCCACAGAAUCCAUUACAUCUGUUUAAGAAAGGAAAAGAAAUAUUCAAGCAGCUCGUCAGAUUGGUAACGGUAAAGAUUAAUGCAUUCCUGUCAGUGAGUUUUAAUUCCUUUUGCAUUUCUCCUUGGAUACUUAAGUGAUGUCUAAACAUAGAAAGAGAUUUAAGAAGGAAACAAGUAUAUUUAAAGCUACAUUAUUUUUUUUUUUUUUUUUUUUUUGGGUUAAUUUCUUAGUUUGAUAUGCUAACGUUGGAAAUUGUUUUAAAACAUGCUGACCAACAGACAGACCUGAAAAAACAUUUUAAUGACUUUAAUUUGUAAUUUUAUUAAAAUCUUGUAAAUCCUUAAAGCUUGUUGGUUGUGUGUAUGUUGUUAAUCCAGGGCCCCCUAGCCCAAUCUUUAAUUUCAUCUUUUAAAAUGCAACAGGCACUUUAAGUGUAUGAUAUUUCUGUAUUACAAACUGAAUACUGCUCUUCAUGCUCUUAAUUUAAUAUGUUAUUGAGAGAUUGAACACACCCAGUAUUUUCAAAUUAUAUGAGUGCAAAUCCAACAUUGGUGAUUGGCACAAUAUUUAGUGAACCAAGACUGACAUUGAACAGGGGCAUCAGUAUAAAUAAGCAAAGCACAAUGGGAAAGUUACCGUCAUCCAGUGUAUAAGAUUUAGUGUAUAGCACUGUCAGAAUUCAGUCAGCCUUACUAAUGUAUCGAGGCAUACAAAGCAGAACUGGUAGCUAUUAUUUGUGAAGUAAUGUGUCAUUUUUUAACUGGUACCUCAAAUGUCCAGUCUGUGUAACUUUUUGCUGCUCUUGGCUUGUCUGUUUUUCUCAUUUGCCGUGUGAUGUUUGUGCAGGUUAACGGUGCCUAAACAUCACACAAGUGGUGCUUCAAUCACAAUAUAUGUGCCCUUUCUUGGAAAAUCCUAAUAGACACCAAGCUUGUGUAUUAUUUCUAUUUAUUUAUUUAUUUCUUUUUUUAAUUUGGUCAAAAUGUUUCUGGCCCUAAUAAACAGUAGGUGAACAUUUAUGUAUUGAACUUUUUUAAAGUUAUUAGGGAAUUGUCAUAUACUGGUAUGAAUACUUCUCCCUGACCACGCAAAGUUCUGUUUACUGGAGCUUUGUUUUUCACUGACAAUGUAUUUACUUUGAUAAUUUAAAAUUUUAGAUCUCGAGCCUAGUGUGGCUUGGAUAGUGUCCAGUGUCCCAUAAACUUGAGCAUGUUAGAAAAUUUAAGCAAUUAAUUAAUGGAUGGUUAGAUGGAUCUUAAGUAAUGCAGUCUCGGGACAUUUUACACUGGAGUGUAAUAUGAAUAUUGGUUCUGUAGGGCCACAAUAGCUAUGGGCUUUCUUUACAGUGAAUUUAUUAUAUUGUACAGGAUAAUGACAGUGAAUUGAUGCAAGUUAUUUUACUUAUACUGAAACAUUUUUGUUGGGUUGCUUGUUAAGAUUCACAGACCUUUGUUCAUGAUGAAGAAAUUUGUUUUAUUAAAAUGUCCUGGGAAACAUUAGACAAAAGUAAAGCCAAAAAGUACUUUUUAUGCUUUAGUCCUUGAAAUAUUUGAAUAUUUUAAAAAUACUUAAGGAAGGAAGAAUGAGAGAAUCAAUACAUUAUAGACCUAAAUAUCUUGUGUUUUCAACAGCAGGAGUUAGCUUUUAAUUGAAAAACUUGCAUAGAGAAAUUUACAGGCACUGUGGCAUGACAGGCCCAAGAUGUAGGACCCCUAAUUUAUAUAAAUAUUUGUCCCCAGGGUUUAUUCAUAAUGGAUUGUGAUAUUUUUAAAACAAGUAUAUACAAACAUAUCCUCUUGUAACAAAAAUUGGAGUACUAUUGUUUAAACUCUGAAACUUAUACACCAGAAAAUAAUUCUGAGUAAAAAGUCACACUUGCCCCUAAUUAUUUUUCCUACAAAUUACCAGUACCAAUGAAAAUAAACAAAAGCUACAAAAAAUGUAUUUGUGAUUGUAAAUCAAGGAUUGACCACUCUUAAAAAUGUAGCAAAUUUGCAAAAUUUGUUAAUAAGCUAAAGAGUUGCACAGAUUGGCAUUUUGUCAUUCUUUUCUGUUUGUAAUGCUUAUUUUCGUAACAGUAUUCAUUUUCUAAAGGUGUAUGUGCCACAUGACUUGAAAAUGUUAGCUUGGUCAUUACAGAAAUUAUUUACUAACAAAACCUUUGUUCUUGAUUUUAACAGCUUGGAUAAAGGACAUGACAGUGACUUAUAAAAAUUAGCCUCGCAAUAAAACGAGAAUGUAUUUGUUCAAUGGUCACUUUCGCUGGAUCCUCACUAGAACUCCAUAUGUUUGUUAUUCCUUAAGAUGUCUUUAGAAUGAUGAAUACCAAUGACUGAUUUAGUAGCACUUCUCUUCAGUUGUUAAAAAACGAGCUGCUUUCUCUAGAAAAAAUUAGAUUAGGUUAGAGAAGAUGUUACAGCUUUGAUCAUCUCUCACAAAUUGAUCUUGCAGUUGUUCCUGAACGCAAAUGUAAAACACUGAACACGAGAGGUCAAGGGGGACGGACGUGUGUGCUGUGAGGCUUGUCUGUGAUCUGAACAUUUUUAGAGGUCUGUUGUGCAUUUUGUGUUUUAUUUGCCCCUUAAUGAAGAAGGGCAGGGCCCUCUCUUCACUUUAGACAUUAUGAGUAUUAUUUAGUGGAAAUAAGUAAUGGGAAAAUGAUUGAUCAUUUUAAUUUAGUGUGUAAUUUAGUGUGCACCACGGCAGCCAAUGCUCUCACUUCUUCUCCUUUUUUUUUUUUUAAUAUAAAUAACUGGUUAAGAUGCUUGUAAAAUGUAAUUUUAAGAUAAACAAUGCUUGAUCAGAAAAGUUCUCCAAAUAUUUUGAAAUAUUCCUUGUACUUUGUAACUGGAAGAGAUAUUUUCUGCAUUAUAAAGCUCUGAGAGCAACAUUUACCCAGUUUUAAGUUGCCUUUUUUAAUUGUAAAUUUUGUGAUCUGAUUAUUUCUGAGUGACCAUAUUGUGAGUGAACACUUGAUAGGAAGACAUGUUAAGGAUUUUUUUAAUUUGUAUGAGUGAAAUAAAGUUCAGAAUAAAAAUAUUAGCUUGUUUCAUA